CUAUCAAGUUUAUCAACAAAAGGCAUUACCUACGACAAUAUUUUCAUAUUUAGGUAUUCAGAAAUAAUCUUCAUCUUUGUAUAUUGAUUUAAUCAACAAAUUACAUUUUCUAAAUAUGCUUGCUUCGGUUAUUAAGGAGCACCAAGCAAAACAGGCUGCGAAGAGAGUUGUACAAGAACAAAAGCGCAAAGAAUGUAUAGCAGCAGCAAAUGAUUUGACUCAAGCACUUGUAGAUCACCUAAAUGUAGGAGUAGCGCAAGCAUAUCUCAAUCAAAAAAAGUUGGACGCUGAAGCUAAACUCUUGCACCAAGGAGCAAUAAACUUUGCAAAACAAACACAGCAGUGGCUUGCACUUGUUGAGAACUUCAGUAGUGCUCUAAAAGAGAUUGGUGACGUGGAGAACUGGGCGCGAAGUAUUGAGAAUGACAUGAAGAUCAUCACUGACACCUUGGAAAAAGCAUAUCAAGAAACGACAAAAGAGCAACCAACUAGCAGUCAAUCCUAGAAUAAGAGUUAUUAAUGCUAUAGUUUUUAAUGAAAAUUAAUUUAAUUACAUUGUUCAUCCCAAAAUAA